CUCGGUGUCCUCCCCUGCCCGGUGCCCUGCCGUAGCCAUUUUGGCUCAAGCCAUAUCUCAAGGUAUCUUGGCUCACUCCAAGUGGAGUACUUCGUCACAGCUACGCCUGCUGGUUCUGCAUCGAAUGCUCUCCAUUGUUCAAUCCUCGUUACGUUCCUUUUUAGGUGGGGAGCAGGCCUCCGCCUUACUGAGGUGCCAGCAGAUGUACGGGUGACGACAUUCGAGGAGAAACGGCCAUUCCAAGACAGAGAGUGAAACUCGACAGGAUGGAAUUCUCUACAUCAUGGAGUGUUGGCCCAUCCGUAUUCGGAAAUGCGUGUGCGGAUGCAGGGCAAGCGCGUCUUGUUUGGAGUCAAUUCGCUCAUGGACAUGGUGCAUCAUCUCUUUAUAUGCAGCGCCGUUGCAUUUGGUUGGAGCAUCUCCGAUGUGCCUGUUGGCCUAUGGGGAAGCCGAGCGGACGAGUCUGCUGGUACCAAGGCAACGAUGUUCACGAAGGAAAGCCAUAAGCCCAUUGUAGUUGCUCAAGUGUGAUUAUAGACCUACCGCGUCUGCAUGGACAACAUUAAGCCCGUUGACGUGUUCUGCAUUCCGCUGACGCCCCCAAAUCUCGACGUCGUUUUCUUGAACACGGCUCACAAUGCGAUGUUCACGCGUAUUCCCAAAGAGGUCCAGGACUUGACGAACGAAUCAAUCUCUUAUGCGCACCAGGCCACAAACAUCGGCCGCAUGGUGUUCUUAGGCCACCCCCCGCAGCACUUCAAGACCGAGACUGGGGAGAACGGUUGCCCAGAGAUUGGGGAUUGCGUGUGCCAUGACAAGGCCGCGCUGUUGCGGCAGCCCAUUUUCGAGCAUACUUCUCUUGUGGAGGCUGAGGUUGCCAAGGACAACGAGCUCGCUGACAGGAAGUGUGAUGUUGCUAGCCUGUGGAAUUCUUUCGCAGACUCGUGCGGUCAUCAUGGUAACUUGCAUGGAAAAUGAUGGGAAUCGGGCAAGAUAGGUUGCACGCACUUUCCCGAAGAUGGUGUCGGGAAUCACGCCCCGUCCUUGGAAGAUCUUCGUGCCAAGGCGGGCGUCUGAUGGUCGCCGAACGUAGAUGGCUGUAGGCCUGUCGGAGGCGGAGUGUCCUGCUUAGCACGAGGACUCAGAGCUAAGCUCUCCUGCCCUGUCUGCACAGCCUACGCUGCACAAGAUUCGCCCA